CGUAGUUUUGGGACGUCAUGGUUUAGAUAAUGAUCAAUUUAUAUAUGAAAUAAAUAUAGGGAUUUUCAGUCUAAAUACAGACUUGUUGUAAGGAAUGGCUGUGUUACGUCUGUUUGUUAUCAUUUAUUUGGCCGCCACAUGUUGCAUGUGUUACCCUCAAGAAAACAGGUUGCUAUGGAAACUCGAAACAGAAUCCCGUACUAUAUCCAAGAGAGAUCAUGAUGACGAUUGCUCGCUAGACGUUUAUUUUUGUCCCAAAACAUCGCCAAGUGUAAUGACACCAGGUGACCCGAGUCAAGGGCAAGAUCUCUUCAGAAAAGAUUAUUUUGACGACGUGUGCAGUUACAUCCCGGAAUUUCUCAAAUGUGCCGAAGAUUACCAUGACAACAGAAGUCCAGUGUGUGAAGACCGGGUACGAUCAGUCGUGAAACUGCUGUCUUUGCGUGAAAUGACAUUGUGCAAAAGUCCAAUACUUCCUAUAGCCAGAGAGAUUCGACCGUGUCUAAAUAGAAAAGUAACAAUGCUAACUCCAUUCUAUGAAAGAGUCAUGGAUCUGAUUAUUUCAUCUGAACGAAAUUCGACCUACCGUAUAACCAAAACUAACUUUUGUCAGUCAUACCGAGAGAUAAUCGAGGAUACCAUCUCAGAACUGAAGACAUGUAAAGACUUUCAGUGGUCAGCGAAGAAAGAGGUCAAGCUCAGGAGGUUCUACUACCCGGCUCUUUCUUGGAAACGUAUUCCGUUCCAGUGUGAAAAUUUAUGAUUUGAAAUAUUUCCAAAAAUUCUGGAUAACAAUAAAAACAUUAACAAAA